AUGACGCCGAAAUCGAACGCGUCACCACGGCUACCCAGUACGCUCCUCUCGGAAGCGACCGACUGCGUCACCGCACGAUCGCUCGCCGCGGUCAGUCUCCAUCGCGACCUCAACGGCAUCGGAUCGAAGAUGAAUAGUGCGGGUUGCGUCGCGAUAAACUCCUCAGCCACGGCAGCUGGCGGCGGCGCCGGGCUGGGACGUGAGAUAGGGUGCGACGCGACGAUUACCGGUGACGGCGACGGCCACGACGACACCACGAACCGACGAGCGACGGCAGUGACGGGCCGGCCAGCGACCACACCAGAAACAGCCACCGGGAUCCAGUACAAACUGUUUGUCGCCCUCGAGACGCUGUUCACCGUCGUUCUGAUCGCGAUCGAUCUAGUGAAAGUGGUCGGACUCGCGCUAGUGCCAUUGCUGUACGAAAUCUACACGAUCGCGGUGCCACGGCGUGAGAAGGAUGUUCGGGGCCAGCUCGUACUCAUUACCGGGGGUGGUAAUGGGUUGGGCCGGGCGAUGGCACACCUGUUUGCGGCCAGGGGCGCUCACCUAGUGCUGGUCGACGUUGAUCUCGAGGCGGCCGAACGCACGUGCACCGAGCUGAAGCGCGAAUCCGGCGGUACCACGAAAGCCUGGGCGUACCGGGUCGAUGUGAGCAAGUACGAGGAGUGCCGGGAGCUGGCGGUGCGGAUGGAGCGGGACGGUUGCGGACCGGUCGACAUACUCAUCAACAACGCCGGCAUCAUACUGUUUGCGUUCGUCGGUGAAGCGAGCGUCGAGCGCGAGAACGCGGUGAUGGAUGUGAAUCUCAAGUCGCACGUUUGGAUGACCCGAGUGUUUCUGGAUGGUAUGGUCAAACGUAAGAAGGGCCACAUCGUUGGCGUUUCAUCGAUGUCCGGCAUGUAUGCGUUCCCAUGGGGCGUCGUUUAUUCGGCCACAAAGUUCGCCGUGUCUGGCUUCAUGGCUUCGCUCACGGAGCAGCUCCGAAUCCAGGGUUUGUCGCGAUACGUCCGAACCACGUGCGUCAAUCCCUACUACGUGACGACGCGCAAAGAGGUGGUGGAGUUUCUACAAAAACCACGGUUCGAAGCGUUGACGGUUGAUAAAGCUGCUGCGGAAAUUGUGCAAGGAAUCCUACGACAGGAUUUCGUCGUUACCGUACCGAGACUUUUCGGUGUGUUCACUCGAUUUAUGUUGUUGUUCCCGGUGCGAGUACAGCAGUUCGUUAGAGAUUACAUUAUGCGCGAGCACGAGCUCAACGAUAAGCUAAAUAGGUGAUUGCAGGAAAAAUUGGUUGCAAAGGCCGCGAUAGUUGUUUCCAGUAAGUGGAAAGAUGGAUCUAGAAAUUGUUGGUUCCGUUUUCGACUAAAUUAGAUGAACCAAUUAGUAGCUCGAAGCAUACGGAAAAGGUUCAUGUUUUUGUAUGGCACAAAAUAAACAACAAUGGAAAAUAUUGGCAAUUCGUUUCAAUUAUGUUGAAAGCGGUGAGACUAGUGUAAAUAAGUUGUAGAAUUGCAUAGUUAAAAUAAUGCUUCGUUAAUGCUUGCUCAUGUCGAUUAAAAAUCUAAAACCUAGUGCUUACUGAUACCCUUUCUUCCAGAUUUUAUAAAAAUGCUUUUAUCUUAUUAAAUAGCAAAAUUAAUAAAACGUU